GCAUAAGGAUAGACCAGGCAAGUAGCAAUCGGCACCAAAUGAAUUGUGAGAUUAUGUAUAAACAUAUUAAAGAAUUAUAAUUCUCUAGUAAGCCCUCAUUGGCAUGUCACUGCCCCUCAAUAUAUGGCCCACAAAUAUUAUUUAGUGGGGUUAAUUCCACUUGUACAACCUUCGACGCCGAGUAAAUACAUAUAUCAACACUACGAAGCUCCUUCAUCAACAUAAUCUACAUACUCUCACUUCAGUUUUCCUGGUGUUCUAGAUCACUAGCUGCGAGGUCCAUUAUUAGACUCUUUAGCUUCAUAAUAUCUAAUUCGAUAACCUAAACCCGUAAAUAUCUUUCAAGAUGGCAAAGAAAACUACUCUGAAGGAGUUUGAGUCUGUCUUCCCGAAGCUCGAGGAAGACCUCCUGUCUUGGGCAAAGCAGUACAAUCUGCCUCAGCAGCAGCAGGAAUGGUACAGAAAGAUGCUUCAAAUCAACGCUGUUGGUGGAAAAUGUAAUCGUGGAAUGUCGGUUCCCGAUUCCGUAUCUAUUCUUCUUGACAGGGAACUGUCCGAGCAAGAAUAUUUCCAAUCUGCUACCCUGGGAUGGAUGAUUGAACUCCUCCAAGCUUUCUUCUUAGUGUCCGACGACAUCAUGGACGGUAGCAUCACACGACGAGGGAAGCCUUGCUGGUAUCUCCAUGAGGGCGUUGGCAACAUCGCCAUCAAUGAUGCAUUCAUGCUUGAGGCCGCAAUCUACACCCUGCUCAAGAAGCACUUCAAGACUCACCCUGCUUAUGUCGACAUGAUUGAGUUGUUCCAUGAGACUUCUCUUCAAACGGAAUUGGGUCAGCUCUGUGAUCUUCUAACAGCCCCAGAGGACGUGGUGAACCUGGACAACUUUAGCUUAGAGAAGUACACGUUUAUCGUCAUCUUCAAGACUGCCUACUACAGUUUCUACCUCCCUGUAGCUCUAGCAUUACACCAGCUCAACAUUGCGACCCCUAAGAACUUGAAGCAAGCACACGACAUCCUUAUUCCCAUGGGCGAGUACUUCCAGGUCCAGGAUGAUUACUUAGACAACUUCGGCCUUCCAGAGCACAUUGGCAAGAUUGGUACCGAUAUCCAGGACAACAAGUGCUCGUGGCUAGUCAACCAAGCAUUAAAGAUCGCUACCCCUGAACAGCGCAAAGUGCUCGAGGACCACUACGGCAAGAAGGACAAGACCCACGAAGCUGAGGUCAAGAAGCUCUACAACGAGUUGAAGCUCGAGCAAAUCUACCAGGAGUACGAGGAGAAGAGCGUCGGUGAGAUCCGAAAACUUAUCGAUCAGAUAGACGAGAGUGAAGGCUUGAAGAAGGGCAUCUUCGAGGCGUUCCUGCAGAAGAUCUACAAGCGAAGCAAAUAAGGGACGGGCAUGAACAGGGUUUUUAACACGUGUCAAUGUGCGAAAAGGGUAUAGAAUAGUUGGCGAUGUUCAUUCGAUGUGAGUUCAGAUGUUGGCUAAGCAAAGACGCAAUAAUACCCUUUAUAGUCUUCGUCCAAAUUUUGUUUUUGGGAAUCCCCUUCAAUAUCCUGUGACAUGUUUUCAACACCGACCCUUGCACUACUGCUUUUUGACAUAAUCUAGACCGUCCCGGUUCCGAGGCCGGAAAUCCACCAUAAGAGGCGCCUUUUUCCACAUCAUAUUCAUCUGCGCAUCUCCAAUCCAAUCGCCAGGGUCUCGGGCGGCCUUUAUA